CUCCCGCCUUCUUCCGGCGAAAGCAGGACAUCUAAACAGCCUCACGGCGGUGGAGAUGAACCAUUUCCGCCGGCGCACAUUCAUCCCAGCUUCCCGGACGAUGACCCUCUCAUCGGCCCAGCUGUCGGCUGACGAAGGAAGGCGCUCCAAGCUGGUUGCACGUGUGGUGGCUGCGUGCAAGAACGAGAGCAUGGUCGAUGCGCGGCACUGGGAGAGGCUGGCAGUGGACCUGAGGGCCAGCACAAGGGAUCUGGGCGUGAGUGAUCUCUUGCAGUGUGCUGAGGCGUUGAGGGGCAGCAUGAAGCAGCGGAGAUCUGCAGCAAUGGAAGAGGUGCGCACCUGCAAAGACAACAGACAAUUCUCUUGACAUCUUGUCUUGUCCUGUGUGUCAGGUUGCCACCGGUCUGUCUGAGCUGCUGCAGCCGGCGGGCGGCUCUCUGUCUAUGGACGAGACUAUCGCUGCUGUCGUCACUCUAGGCGCCGUCAAACUCCGCCAUCCCUCCUUCUGGCCACGAGCAGCGGUGCACCUGACUUCCCUUCUCGAUGCAGCCGCCCUUGAUGUGCCCUCCCUCGCCGAUGUCCUUGCCAUCGUUGAUGCGUUCAGCCGGGUCCUUCAUCAUGACCAUCAUCUCGUGGACGCACUGCAGAGGAGGCUUGUCGCCCGAGAAGACGAGAUGACGCUGCAGCAGCUGAUUGACGCGUUGGCCAGCCUGCAGCGGCUGCAGAGAAGGGAUGUUGGGCUGGCGAGGAGGUGCUGCGCUAUGGUGACUUCCUGUGUAGAAGGUGGUGGUGAUGAUGAGGGUCCGCCGAUCUUGCCGACGCACAUUGUGGAUAUGCUGUUGAAAGUGCUGCGGCCACAUGGGAGACCCGAUGCGUGUCUGGCCCUGCCGGCCAUGGCUGGUGCGGACGAUGGACACAUCGAGGGAAGGGGUGAUGGUGGUGCAGAGGGUGGGUAUCUUUCUGAUGGUGAAGUGUCUGCGGCAGUGGAUCGCCUGGCGCGUUGGUCGAGGCACCAUGUGUGGGAGAUGAAGGCAGAGGAGAGAGCUGCGGUGUUCCUGGGGCUGGUCACACUCAAGUGUAGACAGCAUGAGGUGCUGGUAAGCAUGAAAGGGGACAGCGAAGAGACGCUUUGUUGGAUUGUGUGUGUGUGUGUGUGUGUGUGCAGAAUGCGUUACUGACGACGAUACAGCGGUUGAGCCUCCCCAAGUUGAGGCGUGAUGGCUAUCUGGCGACUCUCAAGGCGCUCACACUGCUGCUGACCCACCCGCUGCAUCAUGAAGUACACAGACACACGCAUCCACUCGUCCGCGCGUGUGAUUGAUGAUGUCUGUGUGUCCACGCAGGGCGAGCUCACGGCAGGGCGGCUUCGGGCGGCGGCCAACCAGAUCAUACACCGAAUGAACAAGGUGAGAGCUGCGUGUGUCCCCUGAUGUGUGCAUCUACCCCUUCCUCUCCAUCUCUCUGUGUGUGGCGUCUACUAGGUGGGUGUUGUCGACAGUUUGCUUGUGGGCCAGCUGCUGGAGUUCCUCGUCUGUGUCGUCACCCUGCAAUACCCACUCAUGGUCAGCACGGCACCUAGAUGGACACAUCAAGCUUUGCAGGGGUCUGUCUGUCUGUUCGUGUGUAUGUCCGUGUGCAGGAGAGUCUGUGCAUCGCUCGAGUGCUGCGCUCGAAGGCCAUGUAUCUGACCGAAGCUCAUCUACGGCAGCUGGAGGACAUCCUGCCGUCACUGAGUGAGAGCAGCAGCCACGCCGAUCGGUUGCUGGAGGAGCUGAGGGGCCAGGGGAGACAGCAGGGGGGUGCUGAGUAGAGCGAUGCAGUCAUCCUACAUGACAUUUGUGGCAAUGAGCGCACAAACCUUCACACGCGAAGUUCGAAGGACCUGUCUGUCUGUAUGUCUGUCCAUUUACUGCACCACGUACGUCGCAUAAAGUCCCUGAGGCUCAUUCGACGACUGAAACACGCUAGCACACAAAUGAAGACUUUCGUCGCGCGAUGAAUACACAAAUACAGCGAGUA